UUCUCACACUACAAACCACAGUGCAUGACGCUUAAAGAAGUUCUCAACUGGUUUUGAAGGGCUUGAGAACUAUUUCGUUCAAGCUCUGAAGAAACCGAGGGCAUCGUUCAGAAGACAUAUCACUUCCGCAGAGUGAUCAUGUGGUUGGUUUACUUAGUGCCAGUGUGGCUUAUGGUUUUGGUGCAUGAUACUUUGGGUUUUCCAAAGGGUGCCCCAGAGGACGCAUGUGAGAGGCUGACUCCUGGACACGGUGCCCCAUCACAGUCAACGGAUCCUCCAAUGCAGCUGGUUCUUGGAAAAGCCGAAGCCCGUCCAGGAGAAUUGGUUCGAUUGCGCCUGGAAAGUUCUACCAAUGAUUACGUGAAAGGGUUCAUUAUUCAAGCACGUGAUGUGGAAAGAAGGGACCGAAAGGUUGGAACCUUCACUUUCGAAAGAGAGACAAAUGCCACAAUCAAACAUCUAGACUGUUUUCCCGGGAUUCAAAACACGAUUACUCAUGCCUCCAACACUCCCAAAUUUGAAACGGAGGCGUUUUGGGUCGUUCCAACGGAUUUCGAGGGGGAUGUGAUGUUCCGAUAUUCACUUGUAAAAGAUUUCAACACCUAUUGGGUGGGGAUCGACUCCCAACGGUUGUCUGUCAUCAGGAGAAACACUUUACAGCCAUCAAAUGCCAAUGGGCUCGCAGAGGCCUGGCAAGGUAUUCAGGACUUGUUUGAUAAUGAUGCAACAGUCCCCAUAGUUCAAGGGAUUAGGAGUUCGGGUGGAUCCAGGCCAGUCAAUCGACCUCCACGCCCUUUCACUAUUGGGCCAAAUCCGGCCACUCAAGUCAGCAUAAGCACAGUUAGUACCACACCAAGACCCUUGCAAUUCGUGCAAUCUCAAUUCUUUGUGCGAUCCACACUUCCACCGUUAGGAUGUUCUUCUUAUGGGAAUUGUUCCACUUCCUCAGAUAACUUGACAACACCUAGUGAAUCAUCUGUGGGUCUGAACGGUCUGACCGGUCUGACCGGUCCGACCGAAUCUUUGGCGGACAUUCCAGUUGAAUCUACUGGUUCUCAAAACUUUCCCGGGCCUCCUUUGAUGAGCAAUGAAGAAUCAAAUCUGGGAGAAACUCCAGAUCCACCUCAAUCGGGAAAUGCUUCACAAGAAAGUGCCAUUGCAACUGAAACGGGUGAUGAUGAAGCAAUAAUCAUCCAAGUGUUGCGCCAACAACAAUUGGAUCGGGAAAUUAGAGAACAACAAAGACUUCAGCAACAAUUACAAGAACAAAUCAGGCAACUUCAGCAAAUGCGCCAACAAGCUCUAAUGCAACAAGAAUUUACAACCUCCGCUCAAAGUUCGCAACAGUUUUUGGGAGAGCGGCCGAUCGUUACGGAGCAAGACGUGAUUCAAAUAGAUGACGAAGAAUCAGUUCCAUUUGAAGGGGUUCGGCCAAACUUUGGGGGCAAUCAAGCUCUUUCUAGUGGCAUCUCAGCAGAUACAUUUCAACCUGACGUCGAUCCUAUUGUACAAGAUGAUGGCGUCCUUCCAAGUCUUGGGCCAAGCCCACAGCUUCCCCCAACUCCGAUUCGCCUAAGUGAAACCCAAGUUUCAAAUCUCGGGUCCAACAAUGGCGGGAUUGGACCCAUCCAAUCGUUACCAAUCCGUCAGAGUGAAGUUCAAAGUUUUGGUUCCAAUAGUGGGACUCGUCCGAUCCAAAUAUUUGAUAACCCUCAAACGCUUUUUGAUCAGGACGGUCGACCUAAUUUCAACAAUGAUUCUCCUCAAACAGUGCGUCAAACCACCUCAAGGCCUCUUGGGACCUUGCCGAUUCCAAUCCAGCAAAUUCCGGCCGUUCAACCCAUCAUCCAAGGCUCAGGUCUACAACCCAUAUCCUCGAUACCGUCCAUGGGACAACUGGAACUGAUUAGAGACUUCAAUAGAGGAUCGGUUCGUCCUACCUUGCAGCCGCCAAGACGGACUCGCCCAACGCGACAAAUCCAAAAUAACUUGAGGAGCACAACCACAGCCAGACCUUCACCUCCUCGGCCCACAAGGCGAAGAAUGCGGCCACGUCGGACCACACAAAGGCCGUUCAAUAGUCCAGGGAACCUCAAUAUUGACUUGGGCGUGCCAGAGCUAAACGAAAACGACGAAGACCGGUUACUGAUGCAGCUGUUGCUCACGAGCGGGGGAAUUCGUAAUAUCUUGCUCGCUGCGUUGGAGAAUCAAUCAGGUCUCGCGGGUGGUUUGCCUUUCAACUCGUUAAUUCGAAGGCAAGGAAGAAAUCGAAGUUCAAGGGAUUAAUAAGCUCAAAUGAAUCGUAGUAUGACUGCUUACUUCAGUUUACCAUGUAAACCACAUUUAUGCCUAUGCAUGAUCAAAUAAAUUCUAAAAAUAAUACUUCUCUUUACUUCGAAAUGUAUGUCGAUGGGGGCUUCCCCUCAAUAUAAACGUCAAUGAACCUAUGUCUGAUCUUUGAAAGUUCAUCUCUUGGGAACUCUAGAUUAAAAGCUGUCCUCUCCAUGAAUGUUCAUUCGUAUGUGUGUAAAUCCAUGCAGAGGCGUUUUCUUGGAAAUCAAAGACGAAGGCAAAGACUUUGCCGAAAUUUCAGUUACGUCUUCUUCUUC